AGCUUGGGAUAAGAGCCCGCCUCCUGGCCCAUAAGGCCGCGGGUCAGAAGUCUCACACUCUCUUCCUGUUUCCCAUCAUGGCGCAGGAUCAAGGUGAAAAGGAAAACCCCAUGCGGGAACUUCGCAUCCGCAAGCUCUGCCUCAACAUCUGCGUUGGGGAGAGUGGAGACAGACUGACCCGGGCAGCCAAGGUGCUGGAGCAGCUCACAGGCCAGACUCCUGUGUUCUCCAAAGCUAGAUACACCGUCAGAUCCUUUGGCAUCAGGAGAAAUGAAAAGAUUGCCGUCCACUGCACAGUCCGUGGGGCCAAGGCAGAAGAAAUACUUGAGAAAGGUCUAAAGGUGCGAGAGUACGAGUUAAGGAAAAAUAACUUCUCGGAUACUGGAAACUUUGGUUUUGGGAUCCAAGAACACAUCGAUCUGGGGAUCAAAUAUGACCCAAGCAUUGGUAUCUACGGCCUGGACUUCUACGUGGUGCUGGGUAGGCCAGGUUUCAGCAUCGCAGACAAGAAGCGCAGGACAGGCUGCAUUGGGGCCAAACACAGAAUCAGCAAAGAGGAGGCCAUGCGCUGGUUCCAGCAGAAGGUAAACUUGAUCUGUCUCAGGAAGUGGUGGAGUGUGGUGUUGGUGAAUGGAGUUGGGAUAUGGGGGUGAAAAAUCUAGCACCCUUUGGUGGGUAGCUUCUUUAAGAUAGAACUUUUGGGCACCUAGCAAAUGGGCUUCCAGGGUUGGUGGUUUAAACCUUCCAGAACCAAGCUUUCUCUGCAGCCCCAUGAAUGCAGGUAGCUGGAAGGGGAGGGAUAUGGUUUUAAUAGGAUCCCCCCCUCUUCUCAGGGUACAGUGCAGGUGAGCACAGUGUAGCAGUUGUUAAAACUGGCCAGCUUCCUGUUUAAGCAUAUGGGAUUGACAGUUGAAGUCCAUGUAUGUGAGUUGAAUUCUCAAACGUUAGCCAUUGCUGCGAUCUUUACUGUUACCUCCUGUUCUGAAAAAAUAAAAUCUGUUCUCUUUCAGUAUGAUGGGAUCAUCCUUCCUGGCAAAUAAAUUCCCGUUUCUAUUCAAAAGGCUAAUAAAAAGUUUUCAUUGAAAUGUA